AUGGAGAGUAGAGUGACAAGGGGCCACAAUGGUCCCCGCAGGAAGGUGACAAGGGCAUGCCAGCGCUGUCGCCGACAGAAACUCAAGUGUGACACGCAACGUCCAUGCGUACCAUGCUCUAGAACUGGGGUGGAGUGUUUACCGUCUGGAACUGGGGAGUGGAAGCCGUACUGUCCGCAGACAGGCUCACCCCGAAGACCUUCUAAGAAGGCUCGCGUCGCUGAACCCGAGCCUACCAGUUCACCACCGGAGCGGAGCAAUUCUAGUAAUAAUAGGGUUGGGAAUGUUGUUUCCAAUGUUGAUGGCGGCUCAUGGAAAUCAAGCUCGACUAUGGCCCUGGUUGAUGGGGCAUUCGAGUUCCAUAACGCAGCUACGCCCAAAACCUCGGCAACAGAUGCCAUACCAGGUGGAAGACAACAUGAGAGUAACGUUAACGCCUCACGAGAAAGAUCUCCGACGAGAGGUGCAGGAUUCAAUGUGGCUCUGCAGACUAGACGGUCCUUAACUCGAUCGUCCAGGGCGACCCUUUCCGAACUAAAGUCAUUGCUUCCCAAACACGAAACUGCUUCUUUACUGGUGGACACGUAUUUUGAUCGGGCCCAUUGGUUCAUUCUAAUAUUCCACCAAGACGAGUUCAGGAAACGGUGGCAGGAUUUAUACGCUUCUAGCGGUACCCAAUCAGCUCCACGCAAUGAGGACAUAGAUUUUGUGAGUGUGUUUCUGAUGGUUAUUGCCAUCGGCCUACAAUACGCCGGAACUUAUCGAGUGCGUCUGUUGGCUACGUAUGAUGUUGAUGUAGCGAAGCUCAGCGAGCGCAUUUUUACUGCUAUUAGGGCCAAGCUCCUUGACAUCCUAUCCUGUGGUUCGCUAGAGGCCGUCCAAACUUGCAUUUUGUUGGGAACAUAUUAUCUAUACCAUGGAUCCCCUGCUCUUGCAUGGCCUGUGUGUGGCUGUGGUCUACGCAUUGCUCAAGCCCUAAAUCUACACCGGAAAUUACCAAGGUUGGAAACAGACUCGUCUCAACUAGCCAAUUGGCGCAACCAGAACGAAACGAGAAAGCGUUGCUGGUGGGCUAUCUAUGAGAUUGAAACUUUCUGUUCGAUGUCAUAUGGGUAUCCUCACAGCAUUAAAGAUGCCGAUUGUGACGUGGAAUUGUUGGAUCCAUCCGCGAGAUCGCAAGUUGCGCCAUCUCCCGGGUCAUUCAAUCAGUCAUCUCAGACCAAGACAACGCUCCUUUCUUAUAAAUAUUUGAUGUCGAAGUUGUCAAUCCUGAUCAAAUCUGCCCUCGCUGAGCUGUAUCGCAUUGGUGCGGACUCAACGGAACCUUCGGACCCAACCAAUUCAACUACGGACCUACACCACCUCGUGCAAAAGGUGGCCGGGUUGGACGCAGAAUUACAAACGUGGCGUGCUCAAGUUCCACCGGAGCUGCAGAUAUCAAAUAGGAUGCCCGUUGAAACUAGUUAUUCCUCAUUAGAGGAGUUGGACCAGGAUGUUAGCGCAAAAGGCCCUCGUUUUGAAACCCACAUUCUUCAACUACAAGCGCUGGCUCUCAAGCUUGCAUAUGAGAAUGCUAGGAUUCUUGUUCAUCGACCACUUCUUUCGUAUAAACUUGUGAAUAAAGCUAGCGACAAGGACAUAAGCCACUAUGCCGGACCCUCUUCCGUCAAUCAGUCACACCCUGAUCCCUUUCGCUUAUCAUUACAGGCAUGCCGUGAGGCAGCCCUGAACACAUCAGAAACUGCUUUGAUGCCCAUAACAGAACUUGUUUCAGUCACCUAUGCAGGCGCGUUUGUUGGUAUACAUACAUUCACUGCUGGGAUAACACUAGGGAUCUUGUGCAGUCUUGAGCCCCUAAGCCAGGAAUCCCAAAUGGCCAAGAGUGGUCUGCAUCGGCUCAUCAACAUACAAUCAAGACUGAAAGAUCGCUAUCCUGUGGCUGCGCAAAGCCUGGAGAUUCUCCAGCGACUUACUAAACACGUUAUGGACAAAGAGCUGUCCGCUAUCUUAGACGUGGAAAAGCCACCAAAAACAUCGAAUCUAAGUGCAGGUGACAAUACAGCAGCAUACCAGUCAAUAAAUACUUAUAAUCCACAAACCCUUGCAUCAGCUACUGCACCUCAGCAGCCAGAUAUACAGCUCGGUUCUGAAUAUCCUUCAGACCUAGCAGAGAACGAGACCUUGGGCGAUAUCGUCAAUUUUACUGGUGACCUGCCCCUUCAAUACGGGGAGGAUCCGGCAUUAUCACAGGCUAUUUAUGACUUUGACCAAGCCAUCUUAAUGCAGCCCUCCCCGUUGCAAGAAGGGUCACCUGUGAGUUCUUCGCAAUGGCCAGCUGCAAAUGAUUUUUCGGUUCUUGAUCAGGCAUGGAUUUGGGGGCUAGAUAAUUCUGUACCGAUGGAGUGA